AUGGCACCAGAAACCCCGCAACAAUAUCCCCUCUACGAUGCAACUCUUACCCUCCAGCGUAUUUCGCCCCUCUAUAUUGGCAGCGACACUCCCCUCGAGAACGCCACUCUACAAAUAUACGCGCAGCAGUUCCGAGACAUCCUCGCCGGCGAUGUACUGCGUGGUGUACGCGUCGGGCUGUCUGAGGACACUUCAAUAGCACGCGUUGGAGCUCUGCAGACUGUGACAUGGAAACUUCUGCCGGACGAAGACGUAUGGACUGGGGCAGACGAGACACAAAUGACGGGCAAUGAAGACACGACAACGAGCCUUGCUGCUUCGAGAGGCAUGCAGGUUACAAUUACAUACGAAAAGGGGGACUAUACAGCUAUUUUACUACGUGACAUGCAAGGCGACCAGGAUGAAUCCGCCAUUGGAGUUGGUCUGGACGGAUAUGGCUUCCAAAGCUUCCCCCUGCUUUUAAUGAAAAUGCCGGCGACAUUGCGAGAUCCAUUCACGCAAUUCCUGGCCGACACAUUCGAUGCUCGAGCCUCGACUUUUCGACUCCCAAGCCUCUUCCUCACGACUGCACUCGACCAAUACCUUGCGUAUAUAUGUGUUGGGGAGGACGGAGAGCCAUUGGAUACUCUGGAAAGCAGUCGGAUUUUGAGGACGAUAAUUGGAUCCAUUUCUGUAGAGGUUGGAUUUGACAUCCCAGGUGGAUCGACUACUCUCAAGACCAUUCAAAUCCAUAUUGCCAGCGAAGACGUACCUCGUAUGGUCUCCCGGGGGAAACGACUGGUAGAUGGGCCAGAGACACCAUUUAUGGCGGCCCUCACAGCAUAUGUCAAAGCACAUUUGGCUUUGGACCUAAGCCACGAUAUGGUCAAUAUCGUGGGAGUACACUGUCAAGCGUUUCUGCUAAAUAGUGCCGGCAAAGCUAAAUUCGGUCUACCACAUGUUGCAGAUGACGGCGAAAGUCCUCAGAGGAGAGCUACGAAGAGAUUGAUCCAUGGGCUCAUCGCUACUGCAAAGAAAGGAAGAUGA